AAAUAACAAAACCAUUCCCCUUGCUAUCACCACCAAAACAUAUUCAAUCGACAAGCAGAAAUAAGAAAUUAUACUGAAACUCCAGUGCAAAAUUUGAAAUGUCUGAAUUUGAAGUAUUCUUACUCUUUUCCUCUGUUUUUUUGUGCUUUUAUUGCCUCAGAUUCUUCCACAAACUAUGGAUUUCCCCGAUUCGACUGCAAGCUAAAAUGAUGUCGCAGGGAAUGAGAGGUCCAUCAUACAAAUUUCCAUAUGGAAACACCAAACAAAUCUCUCAAAUGAGAAGCCAAUUCUCCCACAAACCAAUGGAUAUUUCACAUCAUGAACAUCCUCUGUUUCCUAGGCUUCAUCCUCAUGUCUAUGCUUGGACCAAGGUUUAUGGGAGAAACUUCAUUUGCUGGGAUGGUUCAAAGUGCCAACUGUUUGUGACUGAACCAGAGCUGAGCAAGGAGAUACUGAUGAACAGAGAAGGCGCUUUUCCCAAAAUGGAUAUGGCAGGCUGUCUGAAGAAGCUCGUUGGGGAAGCACUCACCACAAAUGAGGGUGUAAAAUGGGCCAAAGUCAGAAAACUGGCUGAUCGGAGUUUCCACGCUGAGAGUCUCAAGGGUAUGGUUCCAGAAAUGAGCUCCAGCGUGGCGAUGAUGUUAGAAAAAUGGGGAAACUAUGAAGGAAGAGAGAUUGAUGUCUUCCAAGAGUUCAGGGUUCUGACUAAUGAAGUGAUUUCUCGGACAGCCUUUGGUAGUAGUUACAUGGAUGGAAAGCUUAUCUUUGAGAUGAAAGAGAAAUUGACAGCACUUGCUGCCAAAAAUCUCUUUAAACUCAGAUUUCCAGGCAUUAGUUUGCUGGUAAGAAGUGAUGAUGAGGUUGAGGCAGGGAGGAUUGAUCUAAGACUCAAUGAUUUGAUUAUGGAGAAAGUGAGGGAGAGGGAGAGAGAUGGAGAGUUGGGCUGUGAUUAUCUGGGACAACUCAUCAGAAUCAGCCAUGAAUCCGAUGUGGAGAAGAUGAUCACAAUGCAGCAGUUGGUUGACGAGGUUAAGGCAAUCUACGGUGCAGGGAAUCGCACCACCACGAGUUUGCUCGGAUGGUGUGUCCUGCUCCUAGCUACACACACACAGUGGCAGGACAAGGCAAGGGAGGAGGUGAAGGAAACAUUUGGUGGAAACACACCGGAUGCCGGUGGCAUUUCAAGGCUCAAAAUAAUGAACAUGAUAAUCAAUGAGUGUCUGAGGCUAUACCCUCCAGCUCUUUCACUGACUCGGAAAGUUGCUAAGGAAACCAAAUUAGGCCAGCUAUGCCUAUUUCCCAACACCAACAUUUUCAUAUCUGUGCUGGCUCUACACCACAAUCCUCAAAUCUGGGGAGACGACGUGCUUCUCUUUAAACCGGAGAGAUUUGCACAAGGUGUUAUUAAAGCAACAAACAAUAACACUGCUGCAUUUCUACCGUUUGGGAUGGGGGCUAGAACUUGUGUAGGUAUCGAGUUUACCACCACCGAAGCCAAGAUUGCCCUCUCGAUGAUUCUGCACAACUACAAGUUCGUCCUCUCGCCUAACUACGUCCACUGCCCCAUCGAGGACAUCAUUCUUGUCCCAAGAAAUGGAAUUCAAGUCAUCCUCGAAAAAAUCUGAGACCAAAAUGUUCAUCUAGUUCAUGAUUGUGUACUAUAGUGUUGUUAUAUGUACUCUAAAACACAGCUGUUGUGAUCUUGAUCUUUGCAUUGUUUGUUUCCUGGUUAUGAAAACAACCAUAUCUUUCAGUUUA